CACUUAGCUAAAGAAAGCAAACUAUUAGUCAAACGGAGAGACAUGGUGCCCGUCUAUACCACCACUACCCGGGCGCAAACUGCGUGCAGAAGGUUUGACUUCGUACCAUCUCCAUAGCAGGCAUAGAAAUCGCGAUCUUGGCUUAAGUAUCAAUAACUCUUGAAUGAUAAGUGGAGUUGCCAGGAGAGUACUCACGUUUGGUGGUAUCGUUGGUGGAACCUGUGGCCCCAUAUUUGCAUUAUCUACCAUGGCCGAAUUAGGAAACCCCGCAGAACCGAAAAAGGCAGCAUCUAUUUAUGAGUUCUCUGCAAAAGAUAUCGAUGGUAACAAUGUGUCGCUGGAAAAGUACAGGGGACACGUAUGCGUCAUCGUAAAUGUAGCGACUAAAUGAGGGUUCACGAAGGCCAACUACACUCAGCUGGUGGAGUUACACUCCCAGUAUGCUGAGAGUAAAGGCCUUCGUAUCCUCGCAUUUCCCUGCAAUCAGUUUGGUGGACAGGAACCUGGCACGGAGGCAGAGAUUAAGACAUUUGCUGAAGGUUAUGGUGUGAAGUUUGACAUGUUUAGUAAGAUCAAUGUCAAUGGUGACGACGCACACCCGUUGUGGAAGUACCUGAAGCACAAGCAGGGCGGCACGCUGGGAAGCUUCAUCAAAUGGAACUUCUCCAAGUUUCUGGUUGACAAGGAUGGACAGCCAGUGAAACGCUAUGCUCCGAACGUUGAGCCGAAGGCGUUGGUGCCAGACUUGGAGAAGUACUUUGCGUAGUCAGGUUGGACCCAUAGCCGGGAUUCUCCUGUCGACAUCCUCGCCCCGACGAUGCUCGAAUGACGACUCACUCUUCAAAACCACUAGGUUGGAGUUUGUCCGACAUGCAGCAUCAUGGGUUGGGAUGGACACCGGUCAGUUCCGGCCCGAGUCCGCCGUGGCAGUUGUGCGGCCGUUUGACGGAGAGGUACUGCCUCUGUACCACUUACAAUGUAACCCCCGGUGCAUCGUCAUCGCUUAGCAUGGUUUAGUAGUCUGUAGGUCACCAGUACACCAGUAGUUGGUUACUCAGGGUUUGUAGUCCUGUUACCGCUUCGAUUUUUUAGUGGUGUUUCUUAGUCAUUAGCAAAUUUAGAUGUUCUCCACUAGUCGUGUUUCGAAAGAGCGCUCGAGACGGAACGUUAAGAAAACAUUCCAAGUUCAGACAAAUUUAGUGGUGGUAGUAGCCACACAUUCAAAAGAUGUACUGGAACAAUCAGAGAAAUUAGGACUUGGUUGGUGGCUGGUCUAUGUAGUACCAUCGUGAUUGAAAUUAUAUUGCAGUUUUUUUUAUAUGGCAACUAACCGCAUAUAUUGUACUUCACCCCACUGGAAUUUAUUUGGUAGCAUGUAUAACGUAUUACACGGUUACGUCUUGUGCCCAUCUAUGUUUAACAGUUUAAAUAUUAAAUAUACAUGGGUUCAUGGUUACAUGCAUACAUCGUAGUAACAUUAACCCAUGAAGGAACAUCAGCGUAGACGGAUGCGAUACAUGUACUUUAAACGGUGACAUGUCUUAAUGUUACGAUAGGAUACAUGCAUAGUUCUGACUUAUGACUUGACAACUACCUGCUGUAGUGUAGCUAGCAUGACAGUAGUCACAGAACGGGGCCAUAAGAAAAGUCUAAGCUAGUCUAAAGCUAGGUGGUAGGUACUAUAUAGAAACUAAAUGCCCAAAAAAUCACUAGUUAUAUGAGACCCUGUCGAAAAUAAACCAAUUUGUUAGAAUGCACUAUAUUUGAUUUGUAAAUAAAUUCAGCAAUUCUA